UCGACAGUCCAAAGUAUAAAGUAGUGCGAGCGCCUUAACUGGGGGAAAAAAAGUAUAGUCUACAGAGAGGGAGACACACAGAAACGCACCCUCACGUGUGCAGACACAUAUCUAGCCGUACAACGGAAUACAGGCCCAGGUGUGUACAUGUACACACGGAAAAGUGGACAUCUUUACAACUUAAUUAAGGAGUAAAUAUCCGAAAAUGGAGUGGGAGUUAUGGAUUUAAAGCGUAGAGGACUUGAAAUGGGCGGUCUGCUGGUGGUGUUUCUGCUGUGGAGCUGCUUGCUGUCGGCGGUUGACGGCUCACCAUUCCUCCUCUUUGCCAACCGGCGUGAUGUACGAUUAGUAGAUGCAGAAGGCGUGCGGGGUGAGUCAGCCAUCGUUGUUAGUGACCUAGAGGAUGCAGCAGCGGUGGACUUCCUGUACACUGACGGCCUGAUAUUUUGGACAGAUGUCAGUGAAGAGGCCAUCAAACAGACGCACUGGAAUCAGUCAUCCAACUCCCUUAAAGAGGCGCUGGGAACUGGCCAGACUGUGGUAGUAUCAGGACUGGACAGUCCUGAUGGGCUAGCCUGUGACUGGUUGGGUAGAAAGCUCUACUGGACAGACUCGGAGACCAAUCGGAUUGAAGUGGCCAACCUGGACGGCACAUCCAGGAAGGUCCUGUUUUGGAUGGACUUGGACCAGCCCAGGGCUAUCGCUCUCAACCCUGCUCAGCGCUACAUGUACUGGACAGACUGGGGAGAGGAGCCCAGGAUAGAGCGUGCUGGUAUGGAUGGCAGCAACAGGAAAGUUAUAGUAGAUGUAGACAUUUACUGGCCCAAUGGUCUGACGAUAGACCUGAUGGAACAGAAGUUGUACUGGGCAGAUGCCAAACUCAGCUUCAUUCACAGGGCUAACCUGGAUGGAUCAGCACGUGAAACAGUGGUGGAGGGCACCCUAACCCAUCCGUUUGCGCUAACACUGUCUGAGCAAACCUUAUAUUGGACUGACUGGCAGACCCGUUCCAUCCACGCCUGUAACAAACACAACGGAGACAAAGCCAGAGAGAUCCUCAGUGGGAUUUACUCUCCUAUGGACAUCCAGGUCCUGGAGCCCUAUCGACAACCUUACAGUCUCACUGCAGUCCAGACUCCCUGUAGUGAAAAUAAUGGAGGCUGUAGUCAUCUCUGCCUGCUCUCUCCAGUCCAGCCUUUCUACAGCUGUGUCUGCCCCACUGGAGUCCAGCUUAAACCAGAUAGAAAGACAUGCAAACCAGGAGCAGAGCAGGUUUUGCUGCUGGCUCGACGGACUGACCUGAGGAGAAUCUCACUGGACCUUCCAGACUUCACUGACAUAGUACUACAGGUUGAUGACAUUCGCCAUGCCAUAGCUAUAGACUAUGACCCGGUUGAGGGUUACGUCUAUUGGACAGAUGAUGAGGUUCGGGCCAUCCGGCGAUCCCACAUCGAUGGCAGCAAUGCGAUGAUGCUGAUUACCACGGAAAUCAACCACCCAGAUGGCAUUGCUGUAGACUGGGUGGCCAGAAACCUGUACUGGACUGACACUGGUACUGACCGGAUUGAGGUUACCAGGCUGAAUGGAACCUCUCGGAAAAUUUUGAUUUCUGAGAACCUGGAUGAACCGAGAGCCAUCGUCCUGGACCCUGUUAAUGGCUACAUGUACUGGACUGACUGGGGCGAGCAUCCCAAGAUCGAGCGCGCCAACCUGGAUGGAACGGACCGGGUGGUUCUGCUCAACAGCUCUCUGGGAUGGCCCAAUGGACUGGCUGUAGAUCAUGCAGCAGAAAAACUAUACUGGGGAGAUGCUAAAACUGACAAGAUAGAGGUGAUCAACGUGGAUGGCAGUAACAGACAGACUCUGCUGGAGGACAAGCUGCCUCAUAUCUUUGGUUUUACUCUACUGGGUGAUUACAUCUACUGGACUGACUGGCAGAGACGCAGCAUUGAGAGGGUCCACAAAGCCACGGCUGUACGAGAGAUAAUCAUUGAUCAGCUGCCAGAUUUAAUGGGGCUGAAGGCCACUAAAGUGACAGAGACAUACGGUACAAAUGGCUGUGCGGUGGAUAACGGUGGAUGCAGCCAUCUGUGUUUCUGGUGUCGGCAGGCUGUCAGCUGUGCCUGUCCCAUGGGGAUGGAACUCCUCUCAGACCUGCAGACCUGUGUGGUGCCUGAGGCCUUCCUGCUCUUCACCAACAGGGACAAUAUCAGGAGUAUAUCUUUGGGUACUAACAGCAACGACGUGGCCAUUCCUCUGACAGGAGUUAAAGAGGCCUCCGCUCUCGACUUUGAUGUGUCCGAAAGGAGAAUAUACUGGACAGACAUACAGGCCAAGACAAUCAGCAGAGCAUAUAUGAAUGGCAGCUCUGUAGAACAUGUCAUAGAAUUUGGACUAGACUACCCAGAAGGCAUGGCAGUUGACUGGAUGGGUCGUAAUAUCUACUGGGCCGAUACAGGAACUAACCGUAUCGAGGUGGCCUGGCUGGACGGUCAGUACCGGCAGGUUCUGGUCUGUAAGGAUCUUGACAACCCGCGCUCACUGGACAACCCACGAUCACUAGCACUGGACCCAGCUAAUGGCUACAUGUACUGGACAGAGUGGGGUGGUCGACCUCGUAUAGCUAGAGCCUACAUGGAUGGCAGCACCAUCACAACCCUUGUGGAUAAAGUGGGCCGGGCCAACGGACUGACCAUUGACUAUGUAGACCAUCGACUCUACUGGACUGACCUGGACACAUGCAUGAUCGAAAGCACCAAUAUGCAAGGCCUUCAGAGGGAGAUCAUAGUAGAUGACCUCCCUCACCCCUUCGGUCUGACUCAGUACCGGGAUUUUAUCUACUGGACAGAUUUUAACCUGCGCAGUAUUGAACGGGCAGACAAACGCAGCGGACUCAACCGCACUGUGGUGCUACAGGGCCAGCUGGAGCUGAUGCUGGACAUCCUGGUGUUCCACUCCUCCCGUCAGGAGGGUACCAACGAGUGCUCCCAUAACAAUGGCAACUGUGCCCACCUUUGCCUGGCCACACCUGCUGGUGCCCAGUGCCGCUGUGCCUCCCACUACACUUUGAACCUUGAUGGACGAAACUGUAGCUCUCCCUCUAGUUUCCUGCUCUUCAGUCAGAAGGCCAGUAUCAGCAGGAUGGUCUUGGGAGAGCAGAGUCCUGACAUCAUCCUGCCCAUCCACGUCCUGAGGAACGUCCGAGCUGUCAGCUACGACCCGCUGGACCGCCUGGUCUACUGGCUGGACGGACGACAGAAUAUACGCAGGGCCAGAGACGAUGGAGCCAUGUCUUCCAUGAUAGUGAGCAGCAGUGUUCAGCCAGUGGACAACCAGCUUCAUGACCUGAGCCUGGACCCCUACAGCCGCCAUAUUUACUGGUCCUGUGAGACCACCAACACCAUCAACGUCCAGAGGUUGGACGGAGACACCGUAGGCGUGGUCCUAAAGGAUGACACCGACAAGCCACGGGCCAUUGUGGUCAAUGCUGAAAAAGGGUACAUGUAUUUCACCACAGUGCAGGAGCGCUCAGCUAAGAUCGAAGGAGCCAGUCUGGAUGGGACAGAGAGAGAGUCUCUGUUCACUACUGGUUUGAUCAGACCAGUAGCUCUGGCUCUGGACAAUGAACUCGGAAAACUGUUCUGGGUCGACGCCGACCUCAAACGCAUCGAGAGCAGUGACUUGACAGGAGCCAAUCGCAUCGUCCUCCAGGAUUCCAACAUUCUUCAGCCAAUGGGGCUAACAGUUCUGGGAGAUCAUCUGUACUGGAUCGACCGGCAACAGCAGAUGAUAGAGAGGGUGGACAAAAUGACCGGAGAUGGACGCACACGCAUACAGGGACGGAUAUCAUACCUGACCUCCAUCCAUGCUGUGGAAGAGAUGGAUCCACAGGAGUUUACAUCCCAUCCUUGUUCCCGUGACAACGGGGGCUGUUCUCACAUCUGCAUUGCUAAGGGUGACGGCACACCUCGCUGCUCCUGUCCCAUGCACCUGGUGUUACUGCAGGACCUGCUGCACUGUGGAGAGCCUCCCACCUGCUCCACAGAGCAGUUCGCCUGCUCCACUGGAGAGAUCGACUGUAUUCCUGUGGCCUGGCGUUGUGAUGGCUUCCCUGAAUGUGACGACAGCAGUGAUGAGGAGAACUGCCCCGUCUGCUCAGCCUUCCAGUUCCAGUGUGAUAAAGGAGGCUGCAUUGAUGCUCAAAGGCGCUGCAAUGGUGAACCCGACUGUGCUGAUCACUCUGAUGAGCAGGACUGUGAAACCAUCUGCCCUCCUAAUCAGUUCCGCUGUGGUGACAACCAGUGUAUCACUAAGAAACAACAGUGUGACAAUUACUCUGACUGUCCCGACGGAUCAGAUGAGCUAGCCUGUGAGUAUGUGUCUCCUCCCUCCAGUGGCAUCCCUUACACUGGGCCUAACACCAUCGGUCCAGUCAUUGCCAUCAUCCUACUCGUCUUCGUGAUAGGGGGAGCUUAUUUUGUCUGCCAGCGUGUGGUGUGUCGACGCUACAAGGGUCCCAGUGGGACUUUUCCUCAUGAAUACAUCAGUGGUACGCCCCAUGUGCCCCUCAAUUUCAUCGCCCCCAGCAGCUCCCAGCAUGGCACCUUCCAAGGUAUUUCCUGUGGGAAGUCUAUGAUGAGUUCAGUCAGCUUGAUGGGCAGCAGCAGCAGUGGAGCUCCUCUAUAUGACAGGAACCAUGUGACUGGAGCCUCAUCCAGCAGCUCAUCAUCUACCAAGGGAGCCUUCUACCCUCAGAUCCUGAACCCUCCUCCGUCCCCAGCUACUGACCGCUCUCUCUACAACACAGAGAUCUUCUACUCCUCCAACAGUCCAUCCACCACCAGAUCAUACAGACCCUACCACCCUGUCCGUGGUGCCGCCCCACCUACUACUCCCUGCAGCACUGACGUCUGCGACAGCGACUACACCCCCUGCCGCCCGCCGUCCGGGCUGGUGUCAUCUGCGGGCCGCUGGAAGGCCACAGGCCACGGCAGCCACGGCAAACACAACAAGUACUACAUGGACCUUAACUCAGACUCGGACCCCUACCCUCCACCUCCCACCCCUCGCUCUCAAUACCUGUCAGCUGAGGAGAGCUGCCCCCCCUCCCCUUCCACCGAGCGCUCCUACUUCCACCUGUGCCCCCCUCCUCCCUCGCCCUGCACCGACUCCUCGUGACCCUCCAACCGCCCAGGAGCCAAGUGAGGAAGGAAGGGAUGAAGUCCACUUGCCACAAGAACUGGCCUCGUCUGGCCUACUUUACCAGGGAAAGAACUCAUAUGCCGACUUCCAGGCCUGACCGGCUUACACUUGCUGCUUUAUAUCAGCUGGUUAGGCUCAAGUGCCUUGCUCAAGGUCCAUAUGUCCCACAGUGGUCAUUUCAUCAUUCCAGUCAUCCUGGAGCUCUCAGGAUGACCAUCAUCUGAUCAGUUCUGUGUCUGUCUUCCAUGUGUCCUGCUCUAACAUUCACUCACUCGUGGCAGGUUGAAGGUUUGAGGCCAUCCCUGCCUUGCCACAGGGCAAAAAAAGGACAUGAUGAGUGAAUACAGUCAGCAGUUCACUCUUUAAUUUUCAUUCCAUCAAAAGAAGAAAACUUCCUUUGCUGGGCCACUUCUUGAUCACAAAAUUUCCAAGACCUCCAUCUGUCCAAAUAUGAGCCUAAAUCCUCGCCUCAUGCUGCUCCUGCCCUCCCCUCAACAUAUGCAUUGAACUUACUAACCGAAGGUUACCAGUAGGCGUGUGAAAACCAUGAUGAGUCCAAUGCCAUGAAUCAUUCAUUAAGACUGAAGCCAAGGCAUGGACUGCCACUUGGCUGACCCCCCCAGUUUCAUACCAUUUGUCUUCUCCUUCUUUACAGCGCCUUUGUUGGCAGACCAGCGGCAGGACUGUAUAUAGUGUUAAAAUAAUAUGAACAAAAAUAAAUGAGAGAGGAAUUAUUUUUACUAUUUUAUUCACGCUGGCUGAUCCACCGCUCCACAGAAAACAAAGGACAGAUAGAGAGUGGACGUAUGCUUGAGUGAAUGAUGGAUGGAUGAAUGAUUGGACAGCUGUGUAUGAGCACAUGUGACUGUUUCGCUUGAUGUAGGAAACAGGGGCGGAGCUACCGGGGUGUCGUGGCAGCUGCCACCCCUAAAAAAAAAAAAAAGCCUUGCCACCCCAGUUUUGGACAAUCUAAUUCAAAUAUAUAUACUCCAAUGUGCUGAUGCACGCAGUAAUAUCACAGCAAAUACUGUGGGACAUUUAAGCAACAAAACUAAAAACUGUAGUUAUAAACUGGACAGGACAGAGGAAACAGAAUUCAACUUUUUUAACCUUUUGGAUGUGUAGAAGAACACAGAACAUUAAUAUCGGCGUGUCGGGAGAUUUAAAUAAUCAAUGAAGUUACGCUGCUGUGCCUUGUGCGUAAAUGCGCACAGCUUCUGUCUUAAUGAGGAGACGCUUCACCCUAUUUCCCCCACCCGCAACCCAUCCGUUAUUAAUCAGAAUGUUCUUUUCCGAUUCACGGAUCGUCCGCGGCCUGGUAACGGACCGAUUUCACCCAGCUGCCGCUUGCCGUCCCUGCAGCGGGCAGCCACUCCGUUUUCUCUCGGCCGCGACAGCUUUCUGUGCAGCCUCUCUCGGUCCCGACUGCUGGGGGCUUUAUUUUCUGCUAAAUGUGUGUGUAGGGUUGCCAACUUCCACUAGUAGAAAUACAGACAGGGUUGUUUUGUUGAAGCAUGUUGUGUUUAGUAAUAGUAACUCGUGUUUGAUUGUGUGAGAGAUUAAAACUGACUAAACCCAAAUAUUCGCCGGUGCUUACGAGUGUUUCAAGAGUGUUUCAACAUCUCUGAAACUGCUCAUCCUGCAGACAAACAUGUCCAAAUUUCAGAUCAGUCAUGCAAGUGCAACAUACAAAAGCACCCGUAAAAAGCACUAAAAUCACUCGCUCCAAGCCCCAAACAAAAAGCCACAUUAGUCAGCAAUGCAGUCAGUUCAUUCAAAGCUUUCACCGCAUUUUCAAAUGGAAGAGAAUCAUUGGCAACACUAAAUGUGUGGCUUCACAGAGUUUAUGUGACACAAUUGGUGAAUGUUGUCUUUAUGUAGGUCUAUACCAAGGAGCCAGUUUAAAUCCUUAAAGAAAGCUUGAAUUCACAAAAAUAUUGUUCACUUUGAAUCAAAUUUUAGAAGUCUCUUGGGAAAUAUUGAAACUGUAUAUUAUAAUAGUAUAUUGGGGCUGUCAAAUUUAACACAUUAAUUUAGAUCAUAAAAAUAAUGUGUUAAAAAGCAUAAAUUAACACAGUUGAAUGAUCUGUUCCGGCCACAUUUUAGGCUAAGUGAUGGGCUUAUGUUCAAUGAAAAAAGACAUGUAUUUGGAAAAAUAUCUGAAGAUUUGGAAAUCAAAGAAUUUAUUGAUUUCUAAUGCCACCACAUAUUUCUAUUCAAUGAUUUACUCGUACCAUAAUAAUGUAAUGUUUUGAGUUAAAAUAUCAAAUAUCCAUUUGGGGGCUUUUACAAGCAAAUACCGAUAUAUGUGAUUGUUUGCGAUUAAAUCAGCGUCUAUAUUUCUGCCACCCUUUAAAGUCUCCGUACCACCCUCUUGCCACCCCAUGAAUAAUUCUCUAGAGCCGCCCCUGGUAGGAAAUUAGAUACAUUUGUAGAUGAUGACUGAAUGAAUGUGUAGAAGUAUGAAUGAAUGGCAGGAUGGAUGGAAUAGGGCCAAGAUCAAAGUGUGAAAUAUUUUGUAUGUUUUGUGAAAUUGUGUCCCUUACGUUUCAAAUUGGGAAUUCUUUGUAGUUGAACAUACUGCCUUUGGAAGUGGUAGAGCUUUCUCCCAACAUCCCUUCUUUAUCCCAUGAAAUCACCACGUGACAACAUACCAAAUGAAUAUCAACAUGUAAAGUUAUUGUACAUAUUUGUAAUGAAGUCAAUGAUUGAGUUGUGAGAAGUGAAUGCUUUUCAUUGUGAAUCUGAACCUCUUCCAUCACAUUUACUUUACCCUCAUCCCAUUUACCAAAAGUAUGUUUGCUGCUAUUGUGUACAUACUAUCGGUUACUAUGACUUAUAAUUACACAGAAUGCCCAAAAUUACCACUCUCGUACUGACAAUAGAUCAUGAAGCUAUUAUAUGGUUAAUAACAAUUAUUCUAAUAGCGGCUUUUCUUCUUUGUAUUUCUGUUUGUAUGUAGAUCAUUAUGUAAGUUUCUAUGUCGGCCGCCAUGUUUGGUUAGAAGGAGUCUUUUUGGAAAUAGAAAAGUGAAAGGUUGAAAGAGUUCCCGCUGAGACAUUUUAUUUAGAGCUGUUCCACAAAUGAACUGAAGGUAUCAGUUUGCUUCAGAUGAAUCUUCCCCAGUCUCUCUCCAAGAACUGUGUCUUCUGUGUGUUUCUGUAGUCUGACCCUGCCUACUUUCACACCUCCACACACCUGGCCAGUCACUGUGCAGAGUGGGCUUGAAAAGGGGUUUUAGACACUGUUAGACAGUCCGAUAAGCACUUGGUUUGAAGCAGACUGAGGCCUUGAGUUGUGCAACUGCUCACCUCCAGUAUAGUGAACCUGACUUGUGAACCCUGCUGUGGCGUUUGAAUGCUUUCCUACAUAAAAUAUCUUGCAGAAACCUCGCCACUGCAAAACCAAAUUCAAAGGUUUGACUGACAUGAUUAAUACUUUUCACUCUGCCUUUGAUCUUUGCCACAUUUUGCAAGAUAUCUGAACAAUUACCUGACAGAUUUCUAUGAAAUCCUAAUGACUUUGGUGAAAGCCUGAUCUUUGCUGUUCAGAUCAGAGUGAAUGUCACUUUUCUUUGUACUUAAGGGACGUUGUGGACAAGACAGUGUCAGAUUUUUGAAUGGUAUAGAGGACACAAUUCCUUAUUUUCUCUGGAAAAAUACAAAGCACUACUGUUCCAAUAAAAAGUAUAGACUGGGACUACAUUCAAACUCCAAGUGAUUUUAGUGUUAGGUUUAAGUGUUAAAUAUCAACUCUUGGGACAAACUUUACUCUUAGUCCCAAUACUAUUAAGGCUUUAAGAAUAUAACAAUCAGCAGCAUGUUUGUUCUGUCCAAAACUUUUGUAUCGUGGGGUGUACUGAACAUUGUAGCCUCUAGGGGGCGCCAUCUGGGUUUUAGGUCUUUUUUCAAUAUGUGUAGUGGUGCAGGGUGUUUUCAUUGUUAUUUUCCCACCUCUGAGGUCAGAUAUGCUCAGAUAGAAUUUCAAUAAUUCUCAUCAGCCUGCUAUGUGGAGACAAACUGAGUUCAUACAGCACUUAUUAUUAUUAUUGUUAUUAUUAUUAUUAUUAUUAUUAUUAUUAUUAUGUUAUCAACACAGGACCUAGCAACAGAAUGUCGGAACACUUUUUAUGCACUUCCAAAAAGAAAAGAGAUCUAUAAAUUAGUGUUUUUUUACGAAGAGGAGAGUGUUUUGGCUUCUCACCUGUGCUGUGGAGUUACAGCAGUAUAAAUCAACGUUAGGUCAUGCUCACAAAAGUUGGAAAACGGUGUUAGGGUCAGAGAGUUCUAGCACAGACUGCCAUAUCAUCUUUUGGACAAAGAGAACACACCAAGCUUCCUCUAAGCUGGCCUUGCUGCCAUCUUUGUAUUACAGUAAUGUAUGUGUCCACAGGAACAUCUUAUGUCAUUUAAUAGUAAAGUGUCGGCAAAGAUUACAGACAGGUAAGAGGUCAGACGUCUGUUAUUGUGUUCCAAUCACCAAGCAGAGGUGAAUGUAGCGAUAAAUUAAAGCGUGUGUCUACUACAUAACAGUCAGGGUUGGCCAUUGUACCUAGAAGAGGUUCAUCUGUGUUAGCCAGGUUAGAAAACAUUGCAGUUUCCUGAUAGAAGAGUAUACCAGCACUUUUGGGAGGUGUGGAACUUUUGGAACUUGCAGUAAGCUUGUUGCUGUUGUCUGAUUAAUCCAUCUCCUACCACAUUACAGCUGAUGUCUGGUGACUGGCUGGAGAUGGAUUUCCAGAUAACAUAGCUGAAGUAGCGUCUAUAUGUGUCAGUGGGAACUCUCUGAGCAGCGCAACGCAUUUAUAUUGAGGGCUAUGGGCCCCGCCUCAAACCACUGUGUCAGUAAAACUCCUUAAAACCCUGUAUUUGUUGUCUCAGCAAAAAAAUGCUUUGUGUAAUUUACACUUGUGACAUUUUUUGUAUCAAAAGCAUUUUUAUAUAAUAAAGGUUCUAUUUUAAGGAA